UGUACACACACACGCACAAACACUAUAAUCUAUAUCUCUACCCUAAUAUACACACACAUAUUACCAUAACCACAGUCCCCUUAUUGUUUUUUGCCCUAGUCUCUCUUCUUGAACCCACUCUCGCUGCUCUCUCUCUCUCUCUCUCUCUCUCUUUCGCCUCUCUCUCUCUGUGUCUCACGCCAUUCGUUUAAUACUGCGCUUAUUACAUAUUGAGAACAAACAAUUUAACAUCUAUUGUCAAGAAUUUGGUAUUCACCCAAUCCCCACCCCCAGGCCAAAACGGAAAUAUAUUUCGUCGUAUAUUAAGAGUUUUGGUUUUGGCGUUAUUUUAGAGCGGUUAGGGUUUUGUUGAGGAUCUUAUUGGGUUCUUAAUCGCUCGCUGCUUUUAUUUUUCUCAUAAUCGGUAACAAUCAGUUUGUUAAUGUUCUAAUUUUUGAUUAUGUGGGUGAUUUUUGCUGUGUAAUAUCUGGGUUGGUGGUGUAGAAACCCUAGGUUUUGUUGGGGUAAGUUGUUGCGGGUCUAGGGUUUGUGAAUUUGUGAAUUUAACUCCCCAUUUGGCAUGGUGGGUCGGUGAGUUUUAGGUUCUGUUUGGUUCAUUACUCGUUGAAAUCUUGUCGUGGAACCGAAAAAGGGGUAUUUCUUCUGUAAUUGCAAUGAUAGUCUGAUAAUUGCUCAAAUUGUUUGAUAAUCCAUCUUCUUUUGGUAAAAGAGAUGGAGUAACAGAAGAAAUUUGAUUUAUAGGUACUUGAAUUUUGUUCAUUUCGUUUUGGAAAAUUACGUGGGGUAUUAAGAUUGGAAAACCCUUUAUUGGUGUUUAUUGGGUUGGCUUCGAAUUAGUAAGCCAAAGGAAGGAUUGUGAUAGAGAGGUAAAUUUGCCUCAAAUAUAAAGUGGAAAGCAAAAGUGCAUGGUUGAUUUCUUUUGGGGAAUUUUAGAUAGACUAAUGUGAUGUGGUUGUUUAUGCAAAUGGUUGGAUAGGCAGGGUAAAAGUUCUGGACAUAUUGGGUUCAGAAAGGAGAAAAAGUGAGUUUUAAUAAAGUCUUGUUGUAGAGUAAUCUGAUCAUGUUCUACGGCGCCCAUGGAAAGGAGUGAACCAGCAUUAGUUCCAGAAUGGUUGAGAAGUACUGGAAGUGUUACUGGGGGUGGUGGCUCUUCAAGUCCCCACUUUGCAUCCUCUUCUUUGCAUUCAGAUGUUACUUUAUCCACGUUGUCUUCUCGCAAUAGAUCUCCUAGGAGUGUUAGUGACAAAGAUAGCCCACGUUCUGUGUUUCUGGAUCGCAGUUCAUCGUCGAAUUCUAGGCGUAGUUCUAGUGGUACUAGUUCGAAGCAUCCGUACAGUAGCUUUAAUAGAAGUCAUCGUGAUAAAAAUCGUGAAAGAGAGAAAGAAAGAUCAGGUACUGUUGAUCUGUGGGAUCAUGACUCAUCUGAUCCUCUGGGGAAUAUUUUAGCUGGUAGAGUUGAGAACAGCUUGAGGCGCUCUCAGUCACUGGUGUCCAGGAAACCUGGCGAGUUCUUGCCCCGUAGGACUGAGGACUUGAAAGGUGGUAUUAGUAGCACCCAUAACAGUGGUAAUGGUAUUCAUUCCGGGGGAAGUAGUUUUAAUGGUAGCCAGAAGGCGGCAUUUGAGAAAGACUUCCCUUCUCUUGGGAUUGAAGAGAGGCAAGUCACCAGAGUUUCAUCUCCUGGGUUGAGCUCAGCAGUUCAGAGUCUGCCAAUUGGAAACUCAGCUUUGCUUGGUGCUGAUAAAUGGACCUCCGCAUUGGCAGAGGUGCCUCCUAUAAUUGGCAGCAUCAGUAUGGGGAGCUCAGCUUCUCAACAAAGUAUUGCUGCAGCUCCAACAACUAGUGCUUCGAGUGGGAUGGCUAGUCUUAACAUGGCUGAAGCAUUGUCACAAGCACCACCACGUGCCCGUGCCACCACCCAGAUCCCUGAUAAGACACAGAGGCUGGAGGAAUUGGCUAUAAAGCAAUCCAGACAGUUGAUACCUGUGAUACCUUCGACGCCUAAAGCCUUGGUUUCCAGUUCUGCUGAUAAAUCUAAGCAACCAAAAGCCACAGCUAGGGCAAAUGAGAUGGUUGGAUUAGCUAAGAGUAUGCAACAACCUUUUUCCACUCAACUUCCAAAUCAGCCCCGUAGUGGACAAGUCAGAUCGGAAGCUCCAGCUACCUCCCAUGGCAAAACUCUUCUGGUUCUGAAGCCAGGACGGGAAAAUGGUGUCACCUCUUUAUCAAAAGAAGCACCGAGUCCAGCUAACAACACUGGCAGUAGAUUAACUAAUUGCUCUCCUGCAGUGGCUCCUUCAGCUCCUGCUUUGACUAGUCCAACUUCGAGGGUGACUUCCCUUGAAUCUAAAGCUGCUACAUUGUCGCUGAAAGCACGAUCUACUGCAGAGAAGAGAUCUUCUCUGUCUCAAGCCCAAAGCAGGAGUGAUUUUUUCAAUCUAAUGAGGAAGAAGACUUCAUUAAAUUCUUCUACUGUCCUUCCAGACUCUGGUAUGGCUUCAUCUGACAGUAGUGAGCAAUCUGGUAUUAAAACUAAAGAUGAGGAUAGUGCCUCAUUGAGCCCUUGUGUUUCUGAAAAUGGAAGUGAGAGAACCAGCAAUGGAGAUGCUCAUGAAUCUCAAAACCAUGUUCAAAGACAUAAUGGUAUUGAGGAGAAUAACUCGUCCAUAAAUGGAGCUCUAUAUCCAGAUGAGGAAGAGGCUGCUUUCCUACGUUCUCUUGGUUGGGAUGAAAAUGCUGGGGAAGACGAAGGCCUGACAGAGGAAGAAAUUAAUGCAUUUUAUCAGGAGUAUAUGAAACUGAAGCCUUCCUUGAAGGUGUACAAAGGUGCCCAGCCAAAGUGUUUGAUGCUGCCUGAGAUGCAUGUUGCUACCAAUCGUGGACCUGGUUCUUCCGAGUCGACUUCUUCUGAAUCUGAUGCUUGAAUAUAGUGAUCUCGCACAUAUGGAUGCACACAAUUGGGUUUGUCAAGAGAUACAUCUCUUCUUUUUGUGAUCUAUUUUGUUUUGGAGCAUCUCUGAUGCAUGUUGACAAGUGGAGGGUGGCUUUUGGAAUUUUGAAGUUCAGAGAAGAGAAAUAAGUUAGUCUGCUGGUGUCCUACUGGCUCAAAAGUAAGCUAAGGUAUCAGAGGUAGCGUUUUAUAAGUAGAGUUUAGGAAAAUGUUAGUCUGCAGUGGAUGAUGCUGGGCAAAUUGCUUCUUUUUGGAAAUUUUUUUGUGCUUUUCCUUUCCAGUAUCAAUUGAAAAGGAAAGAGAAGGUUUUACGUUGUUUUGGUCAAUUUUAUGGGGAAGAAGGAAAAUUGCAAAGUUCAUUAUAGAAUUUUCUCUUCAGUCGUAAUCACAAAGCUCGUGUUGAUAUAAUCCUAUCUAUAUUUUUGUCUUUAA